UCUCAGGGGCCAGACCGGGUCCCAGCGCCAGGCAGCUACAGCACCGCGGUCCGUCACUGCCGGGGUCCCAGCCUUCGCGGGCCGGGGCCUCCGCUGCCGCGGCAGGACGGGGAGGAGAACCAUGGCGUCCUGCGUGGGGAGCCGGACUCUGAGCAAGGAUGAUGUGAACUACAGAAUGCAUUUCCGCAUGAUCAACGAGCAGCAAGUGGAGGACAUCACCAUAGACUUCUUCUACCGGCCGCACACUAUCACCCUGCUCAGUUUCACCAUUAUCAGCCUCAUGUACUUCGCCUUCACCAGGGAUGACUCUGUUCCUGAAGACAACAUCUGGAGAGGCAUCCUCUCAGUUAUUUUCUUCUUCCUCAUCAUCAGUGUGUUAGCAUUCCCCAAUGGUCCAUUUACUCGACCGCAUCCAGCCUUAUGGCGAAUGGUUUUUGGCCUCAGUGUGCUGUACUUCCUCUUCUUGGUCUUUCUCCUUUUCCUGAACUUCGAGCAGGUUAAAUCCCUAAUGUAUUGGCUAGAUCCCAAUCUUCGAUAUGCAACAAGAGAAGCGGACAUCAUGGAGUAUGCUGUGAACUGCCACGUGAUCACCUGGGAGAGGAUCGUCAGUCACUUUGAUAUAUUUGCAUUUGGGCAUUUCUGGGGCUGGGCCAUGAAGGCCUUGCUGAUCCGUAGUUAUGGGCUCUGCUGGACAAUCAGCAUCACCUGGGAGCUGACAGAGCUUUUCUUCAUGCAUCUGCUGCCCAACUUUGCUGAGUGCUGGUGGGACCAGGUCAUUCUGGACAUCCUAUUGUGCAAUGGUGGUGGCAUCUGGCUGGGCAUGGUUGUUUGCCGAUUUUUGGAGAUGAGGACUUACCACUGGGCAAGCUUUAAGGAUAUCCAUACUACCACAGGGAAGAUCAAACGUGCCGUGUUGCAGUUCACCCCUGCUAGCUGGACUUAUGUCAGAUGGUUUGACCCUAAGUCUUCCUUCCAGAGAGUGGCUGGGAUAUACCUUUUCAUGAUCAUCUGGCAGCUGACUGAGUUGAAUACCUUCUUCUUGAAGCACAUAUUUGUGUUCCAAGCCAGCCAUCCCUUAAGCUGGUGUAGAAUUCUCUUCAUCGGCUGCAUUACAGCUCCUACAGUGAGACAAUACUAUGCUUACCUCACCGACACACAGUGCAAGCGCGUAGGGACACAGUGCUGGGUAUUUGGGGUCAUUGGUUUCCUGGAAGCUAUUGUUUGCAUAAAAUUUGGACAAGAUCUCUUCUCCAAGACCCAGAUACUCUAUGUUGUAUUUUGGCUUCUUUGUGUGGCCUUCACCACGUUCCUGUGUCUGUACGGCAUGGUUUGGUAUGCAGAGCACUAUGGCCACCGGGAAAAGACCUAUUCAGAGUGUGAAGAUGGCACUUACAGUCCAGAGAUCUCCUGGCAUCAUGGGAAAGGCUCAAAAGGUUCUGAAGACAGCCCACCCAAGCAUUCAAGCAACAGUGAAAGCCAUUCUUCCAGAAGAAGGAACCGGCAUUCCAAGUCCAAAGUCACCAAUGGAGUUGGAAAGAAAUGAAGAAGCCUAGUUAAUAUCAGAUGUUCCAGAGAGUGCUUAGACCUGAGAGGGCAACAGAACAUCUUCGGAUCUUCCUAUGUGGAGAUCAAAAUGUACAGAACAUACAGAAGGGGGCUUUGGGGAUCAUGAUUUGAGAUUAUAAGUCUUGGCUUCCAUAGCCCUGAACACACAUUAGGCUGGCCAUGACUUGGGGUUCUUUGCCAACAGGAGGUGUCUCCUAACUUCAGCACAUGGCCUGUGGUUGCUGGUAGCUAUACAGUGUGCUGGAAGGACAGGAUAGCUGUUUGCCAGCAAUGGCUCUGUGCUCAUGUGUCUUGUGGACGCUGUAUAAAUAUCUUAAUUCAGAUGAUUUAACCAAUUGGUUAAUGAACUGCUCACUGGGUUUUAUUUUUAUGAAUCUGCCUUUCCAUUUGAUUGAUUGUUUAAGUUCAGUUUGCUUUUCCAUCUUUUACUUCCUGUUGUCAAGUUAGAAUGCUUAAAAGCUUCCAGAAUCCAUUGCUGAAAUUGGGGUUCCUUCUAGAGAAACAAAGAGUGGGGGGAGCUUUUGUGUCCCUGCUUAGCAUACUCAGUCCCUAGCCACAUGACAUAUGACCAGCAGCCUAAGUUUGAAGGAGGCUGGCUGCUUGCACUGGCGUCUCAGAUUGGAACCUGUUUUGUUCCAUUCCAAACGCUGUUUGUCCAGACUGAGUGCACAAAAGCGACCCUGCCAGAGGAGCUGGGUUACUGCAGCUCCUCUCCUGCCAGGUGCCUUUCCCAUGGGCUUGGUUUUUCUUCUAUGGUUUGUUGCCUACUUUGUCUUUCUGUCUCAUGUGAGGUGCUAGUGAGUAUUAAUUAACUUUCAUCUGUGCCAUGCUCUCCUAGAACGUUCUCCCACCCUGGAUCCUUGUUUUAAAUAAACCAGUUCACAUGAAA